AUGGGAAAGCACAUCUUGCUGCUCCUGCUGGGCCUGUCUUUGCUGGUGAGCUCCCUGCAAGCUUUGACAUGUUUCACGUGUGCUAAGAUCAAUUCUCGAGGAAUUUGUGAGCAUGGAGAAGGUUGUUGUCAGGCUAAACCUGGUCAGAAGUGUGCCUCCCUCGUAUCCUUCAAAGAUGGCAAAAUUCAGUUUGGAAACCAGAGAUGUGCUGACGUUUGCUACCGUGGGUCUGUUCCGUUCGGAAAUCACACAGUAAAAAUGAAGUGUUGCGACAAUAGGUCUUUCUGCAAUAAAAUACAUGUCUGA